CACUAGUCUGCAAAGGGACUCCACAAACUGAACUUGUGGCUGUAGAGCAUUUACCUGCAUUCUAUUCCAAGCAUCCACUCUCCCUCAUACAUUUCCUUAAAUUGCCCCUCCUUAACUCCCCAUCACUCCUCUCUCUCUCUCUACUAACUUUGAGAGAGACUCUCUAAAUUGUUCACCCUCACAAUCCAUGGCCGCCGCCAGAAUUUCCUUCUCUUCCACCUCACGAACAAUUUAUUUCCGCCAUAUCCCCUUUCUUGGCCCAAAACCCACAUCAACAACCCCACCCGUUUCUCCUAAUCUCGGCGCAAUUCUGAGGUAUAGAAGAAAACCCAGUUUCACUGUUUGCUUUGUUCUCGAGGAUGAGAAGUUGAAACCUCAAUUUGAGGAUGAGUCCGAGGAUAUUGAAAAGAAGAUCGAGGAACAGAUCUCAGCUACACGCUUGGCGGAGAAACUGGCCAGGAAGAAAUCGGAGAGGUUUACUUAUCUUGUAGCUGCUGUUAUGUCUAGUUUUGGGAUUACUUCCUUGGCUGCUAUGGCCGUUUAUUACAGAUUUUCGUGGCAAAUGGAGGGUGGAGAAGUUCCUUUAUCCGAAAUGUUGGGUACAUUUGCUCUCUCUGUUGGUGCUGCUGUAGGAAUGGAGUUUUGGGCAAGGUGGGCACAUAAAGCGCUCUGGCACGCUUCUCUAUGGCACAUGCACGAGUCACACCACAAACCAAGAGAAGGACCUUUCGAGCUGAACGACGUUUUCGCCAUAACAAACGCUGUUCCAGCAAUAGCCCUCCUCAACUAUGGUUUCUUCCAUAAAGGACUCAUUCCCGGCCUCUGCUUCGGCGCUGGGCUAGGGAUCACAGUAUUUGGGAUGGCAUACAUGUUUGUUCACGAUGGUUUGGUUCACAAGAGAUUCCCGGUUGGACCUGUAGCCAAUGUACCUUAUCUUAGGAAGGUGGCUGCAGCUCAUUCGCUUCAUCACUCGGAGAAGUUCAAUGGUGUCCCAUAUGGCUUGUUCUUAGGACCUAAGGAACUGGAAGAAGUAGGGGGGAUGGAAGAGCUGGAAAAGGAAGUUAAUCGAAGGAUAAGACAUUCAAAAGGAUCAUGAAUGAUUGAUCUCAUUGUAGAUAAAUACAAGUGUCAUUUUGCCAUUCUUAUCAGUGGGGGAGGGGGAUUUUUGAUGUUUUUGACAAUUUAGAGAAAAUGUUGAUGAAAUGAAUUUGUAUUUAUGUAGGCUCUUAUUCAGUAAGGAAAAGAAAAUUAGAUUUAUAAUAUA